AAGGCAAAUAAUUGUACGGUCCACGGUAUUUUGGCAACGAUUGUAGUACCAACUCCUGGUGACUGGCCAACAUGGCUCUAUAUCAAGAAGCUUAUAGCACAGGCUAAAAGCGAUGACACAAUAAUUACCUCAUUAAUAUCUGAACAAGGCCCAUUUAAUGUUAGCCUUAAUCUACAAGAACAAAUUGUUAUACAGUACCAGUUUCUAUUUGAUAAAUUUCAUCGCCAUUUGUUUUCAAAACCACUGCCACAAAACCCAAAGCCACAUCAAAGAUCAAUGCUAAUUAGUUCACUUCUGCUUGGAUGGCUUAUGGUGCGAGACAAAAUUAUUUCAAAGUUUUCCAACUGUAAMGAUCCUCAGUAUGUACUUGUGUUAUUUGUUCUAGAAGAAGUAGUACCUCUGGGUUUUUUUCAAUACUUUUGCAUCUUCAGAGGUGGAAACUUAGAGAAAUACUUAACAGUCAUGCUACCAAGAGAGCUUGAUAAGCGAGGGAAACYGAAAGGGCCCAUUCUUUAUUGGUUCCCAAUAUUUGAAGCAAAUGUCAAACACACAUGCAUGCCAUUGGGUUACAGUUUUCAAGACACCUAUCCAAAURCAGAUCCACAUCCAGACUACAGAUGUGACCUUCAAAGCUGCAAAGGAAGUGGCUCUGUCUGUCAUCUGGCCUGUUUUCAUUCUUUCCAUGAUGUUUGUUUAAAUGGUGUGUCUAAAUGUCCUAUAUUCAAUGACAAAUUACAUGAAAAGAUUAAAGAGCUCUCUAGCAAAUUCAACUCUUCCCUUCUUGAGCCAACAAAGUCUAAGCAUGUCAGAAAUAUAGAUCAAAGUAAUGACCAAGAUGAGGAUGAGCAUUUAACUGUUAGACCUGCACCUCAACCACAGACGAGACCUGCUCCUGCACCUCAACCACAGACGAGACCUGCCCCUACACCUCAACCACAGACGAGACCUGCCCCUACACCUCAACAUUAACAAGGCCUCAAUUACAGAUGUAUAAUCACCAAAAUUCUAUUGUGUACAGCUGUAUUUCUUCUACACAUUACUGGUUCUUUCCUCAUCAUAUCUCACAAUCCACAAUCAAUGGUAGACAUGGUAGCACUGCUUGUACCCUAAUUGCUAUCCUUAUGGCAAACAGAUAUCAUAAUACAAAGCCAGCCCUUCAAUUGUUUGCUAAUGGCAUCUCACACACAUGGUUAACAUUGCUUACUUCGAGCAUCAUUGCAGGAAACAAACUUCAUGAUGACAUGUUCCACCAUGCGCCAGUCUAUCUUCAAGUCCAAAUGGCCUCACGACUUCUUGCAUCACAGAUCAGCAAAUUUCAACUUGGCCAAGAAUUACCAGUAAAUUUCACGACAGUAAGAGGUGAUCCUGACACAAGCAAUUUGGAGUACUACCUAAGGUUGAUGAUAGAAUCCACAUCAAAUUCAUGUUCUGCCAUUGUCACAUUCCGUGCCAAUACCUUUGCGUUUGCCAAAGGCGCUCAAAGGAACAUCAUUCUUCUUGAUAGUCAUCUACAUUCCCAAUAUGGAGCACUGAUUGCAUCUUGUCAUGCCAAUGAUAUCUCCAGUCUUUUACAGUGGAUGAAAUCUGCACACUUUUCUACAAACUUUAACCUUUGUACCUUAACAAUGAUUMAYUUUCUGUAGCUAGUUUUAAAAAGCUUUGAA